AUGCUGAAGCCCGGCGACCCCGGCGGAUCAGCUUUCCUCAAGGUGGACCCGGCUUACCUCCAACACUGGCAGCAGCUUUUCCCGCCCAGCAGCCAACUGAAAGGCGGCGUGGGGCUGCUGGGCCAUCCCCUCCAGCCGCCCGAAAGAGCCGCCGACCCGACCUGCGACAACCUCCGGCAGCUCCCGGCCUCUCUCGCUUCGUCCGCCUCUUCGUCCUCGUCGUCCUCGUCCUCGUCCUCCUCCUCCUCUUCUUCUUCCACUCCUUCGUCCGCCCCGUCUUCGUGCGUCGCCGCCGCCGCCUCCCUGGCCAGCUUGACUUCGCUGCCCAUGGCGCAGAUCCCUGUCUUUGGGCCGAUCCAAAGCUCCGACCCAGCGACGGGAGCCCCGGUCUCGCUCUUGCAGACCAAGGACUUGGGAGGGGGCGGCGGCGGCAGCCUGGCCAAGUGCAGCGAGAGGGGGGCGUCCCGGUUUCGCUGCACCGCCGAAGAACUGGACUAUUACCUCUACGGGCAGCAGCGCAUGGAGAUCAUUCCCCUCAACCAGCACACCGGGGACCCCAACAAUCGGUGUGACAUGUGUGCCGAUAACCGAAAUGGAGAAUGUCCCAUGCAUGGACCUCUGCACUCCUUGCGCCGCCUGGUGGGAACUAGUAGUGCGGCAGCUGCAGCUCCUCCCCCUGAGAUUCCAGAGUGGCUUCGGGAUCUGCCACGAGAAGUAUGUCUGUGCACCAGCACUGUUCCUGGCUUGGCCUAUGGCAUCUGUGCAGCCCAGAGGAUUCAACAGGGCACUUGGAUUGGGCCUUUCCAGGGCGUUCUCCUUCUGCCAGAAAAGGUACAAACAGGAGGAGCCAGAAAUACUCAGCACCUCUGGGAAAUAUAUGACCAAGAUGGGACACUACAGCACUUUAUUGAUGGUGGGGAACCCAGUAAGUCAAGUUGGAUGAGAUAUAUUCGAUGUGCACGGCACUGUGGGGAACAAAAUUUAACUGUAGUCCAAUACAGAUCAAAUAUAUUCUACCGAGCUUGCAUGGAUAUUCCCAGAGGCACUGAGUUGUUGGUGUGGUAUAAUGACAGCUACACAUCUUUCUUUGGAAUCCCUUUGCAGUGCAUUGCACAGGAUGAGAACUUGAAUGUUCCUUCAACUGUAAUGGAAGCCAUGUCAAGACAAGAUACUCUCCAGCCAUUUAGCAAAAGUAGCAAACCGCCCUCUGCCCCUCCACAGCGAUCCAUAGUCUUUCCACAGACUCCAUGUAACAGGAAUUUCUCUCUUCUGGAUAAAUCGGGUUCUCUCGAAUCAGGAUUUAACCAGAUCAGUGUAAAAAACCAACGAGUCCUCGCAAGUCCAACAUCAACAAGUCAAUUAAAUUCUGAGUUUAGUGACUGGCAUCUUUGGAAAUGUGGGCAAUGCUUUAAGACUUUCACCCAGCGGAUCCUCUUGCAAAUGCAUGUUUGUACACAGAACCCUGACAGGCCCUAUCAGUGUGGACACUGCUCCCAAUCCUUCUCCCAACCUUCAGAGCUCCGGAACCACGUAGUCACUCACUCCAGUGACAGACCUUUCAAGUGUGGCUAUUGCGGUCGUGCCUUUGCUGGUGCUACUACACUCAACAAUCAUAUCCGGACACAUACAGGGGAGAAACCCUUUAAGUGCGAGAGGUGCGAGAGGAGCUUCACCCAAGCCACCCAGCUGAGUCGACACCAGAGGAUGCCCAAUGAGUGCAAGCCAAUAACAGAGAGCACAGAAUCAAUUGAAGUGGAUUAA